AUGGUGGCGGCGCUUCAGAUGUGGAUCGUGGCGCAUUAUCCACCAGCAAAUCCAGCAAUGUGGCCAGAAAGGACUGUACACAUUGGGCUGCAUUUGGUUGAACGAAAAAACAGCACUGAUCAGGAAUGGCGUUGGCUUGAGAACAAAAAUAAGCCACAACUUGGGAAUUUUCUGGAACUGAGAGAGUGGGAAGCAAUCCUGAAAACAAACGAAACAAAAGAAGCGGAGCCGGAAGAGCGUGGCCGCUGCGCAGUACUAAGCAUUGAUAAUCUAGUACUACGUGCAGUGAAAUGUCAUGAACUGGUUAAUCGAUUCAUCUGUGAACGAAACGAAUCGCAACAUCAUGAGGUUUGUUGCUACUAG